GUUUCAUCCAGGCAUUCCAGGAUCAACAGGAUUCGUCAGUGCCGAUCGGACACAGUGGCGCAUCAUUUAAUUCUAUGAAAAGUGUAAUGGCUCGAGAACGAGCUAAACAAAGACCUCCUAUACCAUGUACCUUUCAAGCCUUAUGUGCUGCUUUAAUUAAAUAUGAAUGGAUUAAAGAGUUUUAUAAAGGAAGUGUAGUUGCACAGGAUGGUAGCAUGGCUGCUAUAUUUUCGAACGAUGUACUUAUUAAUGCCUUGAAAACAGCUACAGAAAUUUUUGUUGAUGGAACAUUUUCGGUUGUCCCCCGCCAUCCGUACAUGAUUCAAUUAUAUACUGUACACAUACGUUAUAAAAAUACAGGUAUUGCUGUUUUCUUUAUAUUAUGUGAGAAACGAACAUUUGCUCUUUAUCAAGCAAUAUGGGAGAAAAUAAUUGAAAUUGUUCCAGACGUAAAAAAUAAUGUCAAAUUUAUAAUGGGGGAUUAUGAACGCGCAACAAAUAAAGUCCUUCAUAAAUGUUUCCCCAAAGCCAGUUUGAAAGGAUGCUGGUUUCAUUACAACCAAGCUGUGCUGCGCAAAUGGCGGCAACUUGGUUUGAAAAAUGCCCCAAGAAGAUUAAUAACGAUGGUUAUGUCUAUACCAUUAAUACCAGCCAGUUUAUUUGAACAAAGCUUUACACUAUUACAAUAUAUAGCUGAUACCAUAUCUGAUACCAUAUCUGGUGACUACCCUAUGAUAUUACAAUUUAUGUCUUAUUUACGUAAAACAUGGUUGCCCGCAGCAAAUAAAGUCUCUGUAUAUGGCUGUCCUGUUCGUACAAAUAAUAUUGUUGAGAGUUUUCAUAACACGAUUUCAAAGAAAUUCGGGAGUAGACAUCCAAAUGUAUGGAUAUUUAUUGAAAAUUUGAAAAAAGUAAUUAUUGAUCAAGAAAUUGAUCUUCGUCGCUUACAAAAUAAUCUUCAGGCACGUAGACCUCAAACUCGAGCUAAUAGAGAAAGAAAUAAUAUAAUACUGCAGAAACAGAAAGAUCUUGUAGAAAAUAGAUUACCACCUGUUAGGGUUUUUAGAAUCAUUUAG